UGCGGUGUUUCGUUUGCUCGAUGUUCCUUGCUCUUUCGCACCUAUUGAAUUCAAAGUGCGAAAUGGAAAAAUCACUCUCGUUCGUGUUUCGGAGUACUACUGUGUAAUAAAACUGCAAAUAAUUUUUUAUUUUGUCUCGUCAAUGAAUUAAAGGACUUAUUUUAUUCAGCUAUUAAUAGAUCAAAACUAUUAUGAAUAAUGGAAUGUACCCAUUUGUUAGAUAACGUCAAGUUGGAUAGCGAUCUCUUCGGUGAAGAUUCUUCGAUCACAAAGAACUUCAGUUGUUCAGAAUGUGGGGUCCUCGAGCAGAACUGGAUUUGCUUGCAUUGCGGGGUAGUGAAUUGUGGCCGCUAUGCCAGCGGGCACGCACAGCUGCAUGCAGAGACAUCUGACCACCAGAUCUGCAUGAGUUGUGAUGUGUAUUCAGUUUACUGUUACAAAUGCGAUGACUAUAUAUCAAAUGAUACAGAUCAUGAAACUAUACACAAGAUACGGCAAGGUAUAAUGCAAGUUACGAAUAGCGAAAAUGCUGAAUCAAAUACCAACAUAGAACAAACUAACAGCAAUGAAGACCGAAAUAGUCCCGUAUCAAACCAAUCGGAUCCAAGUGAAAAGUCUGCAAAUAUGGAAGAGACUGGCACUGAAGCCACAGCGAUGAGUUCAUGUGACAUACCCAGAGCACAUGAGAGCAAUGAAAAUAAACCAUCAAAAAUAAGUAAGAAUGUGCAAGAGCACGUAAGAAGUUUACGUCCGCGUUCACGAAAGCGAUCUCACUCUGGAGACAGCAGUUCAGCAGAGAACACAAACCAAUCUAGAGGGAAAGAGAAAAAGGUCUCCCCAUGCAAUGGAAAAAGUCAACGGGAGAAGAAGAUUGUAGGUUUAAAGAAUCUAGGCAACACAUGUUUCAUGAACGCGGUGCUACAAAGUCUGAAUAAUAUACAGGAAUUUAGUUGCUACUUUAGUCAGCUGCCCUCGUUGGAAAUGAAGACCAACGGGCGUAAAGUGUAUCACUCCAGGAGUUAUACGCGGCAGGAAAUGCAUGAUGUUGUUAUGGCAGAGGAACUUAGAAAGGUGCUGAUCAACCUGAACACGGGUGGGUGCGGGUCGAAGGCCGCGAUAUCGCCGGAGUGCCUGUUCCUGGUUAUCUGGAAGGUGGUGCCGAGGUUCCGCGGCUACCAGCAACAAGACGCGCACGAGUUCCUGCGGUAUAUGUUAGACAGAUUACAUACGGAACUGUUACAACUGUUGCCGCCAGAUCGUGCGGAGGGCGGUUUCGUUCCCCGGGCGCCCUCUGCGUCCAUAGUGACGGCUGUCUUUGGUGGAACACUACAGAGCGAGGUACGAUGUCUGGCGUGCGGCACGGAGAGUAAAAAGUUUGACCCCUUUCUAGAUCUGUCUCUGGAGUUGCCCGAGACAGGCCGACACGACGCGCCGGUCUCUCUGACGGACUGUCUCACCAGCUUUGUUCAGGUGGAGGAGCUGGCGGACACGGAGCGCUACCACUGCAGCGCGUGCAAGGGCAAGCAGAAGUCCACCAAGCAGUUCCGCAUCCGCCGCCUGCCCAACGUGCUGUGUCUGCACCUCAAGCGCUUCCGAUGGCACAACUACUUCAGAACAAAAGUUGACACAAACAUAUCGUUCCCGCUGAGCGCGCUGGACAUGUCACGGUUCGUGUUGUCGAACGUGCCCGACACGCGCCGCUCCGGCCUCGGGAACUAUCUCUACGACCUCGCCGCGGUCAUCGUGCACCACGGCUCGGGCGCGGGCUCCGGCCACUACACGGCAUUCGCGAUCAACGAAGACCAGUGGUUCCACUUCAACGAUCAGACAGUUCGGGAGACGGACUCUAGCGCGGUGGCGUCUUGCAAACCUUACAUUCUGUUCUACAUACGCCGCGAGUUCUCGCUGCCGUCCGCCUCGUGACAACUCUACGCGCAGACUAUAAUGUUCCCUAUCGUGAAAGCCCUUAGGUCGAUAAUCUAUCGGUUGCGGAACGCACGCGUACGUAAAGUUGUCGCGUACAAUGACGGUCGUACGCUGAAUACGAAUUUGUGUCGCAUGUACACGUACAGAGUGCGUAUGCGUUGCGAUUUUGUCCGUUGAGGUCGUUUAAUUUUGACAGUAGAGGAAAAUAUAUUGAUUUCUGACGUCGCGUCGGCUCUAUACGUUCAUGUACGUAAAACCACGCUCGCUCUAAUGAAAUCCGUACGAAAACGCAUCUAAAGUGUGUCGCGCCUAUUACACGUGCGUUCAAUUUGUAUUUAAAGGUGGAGUUUUCAGUCCUGAGUCUGUGGCGUCAGUGAUGCCGCGACAGAAAGUCAGAGUAACGUACUAUAUAUUAUGCAAGUGUAGGGAACGUCAUUCGCGCCUAACGCCUCUACUGACGCCGCACCGUCUUCAGUCUAGGCGUUGACGCUGCCAGAGUGAACAAGAGUGAAGAAAUUCUAUGUUUGAUCCUGAAUCGACGAUAUGUCAAAUAUUAGGCUGUGGGUGACGUGAAAUCAGAGAAAAAAUAAGGCUACCUUGCCAGUGACGUCGAAGCCUCAACGUUUUGUUAGAAGUUCCCUAACUGUCGUCAAGUGCGAUCCUACGCUCAAAUAACGUUCCCUGCAUUUGCAAAGGACUUGUAGUCUGUUACGUCAGUAAUGCCGCAAUAGACGCUGGACUCGUAAGUCCCCUUUAAAGUCCAAGAAAUAUAUGGGUUAGUUCAAAGAUUGUGGCUGUAUUUAAAUUUUAAACGCCCAUGACACCUAAUUUCCUUAAUACGAAUUUUUAUUUAUAGGUUGGAGCCUAGAAUACAAUAGUCGGGACAAAAGAUUGUGUCUAGAUUUGAAGUCUCAUAUUUGGGUAAACAAUUUAUCGUAGUGCGGAGGAGAAUAAUGAUUCCAUCAUAAAUAUUUGAAGAUAACUUGAUUCCAAGUUAUUCCUGACGCAUUUGUCUCAUAGAGGAAUUUUCCUUUCUCAAUAUUUAUAACAAUUUUGAAAAAGCUUGGAACUCAUUAAAAAGUAUUCAUCAACUUUCGGCCGGUAAAAUACUUUGCUAAAAAUAUAAGUACAUGAUGGCGUCGAUUCUCAUGUUUUUCUCUAAACUAAAUUUAGAGUCUGCAUCUUUUACUUUUUAAUAUUGCUUAAAAAGGACUGGACUUGAUUUUUAAAUUUAAAGACUAUAUUUAGUGAACGUUUCAAAUUUAAAAUAGGCAACCUGGCAGCUUAAAGCAUGAGGUUUGACGUUUCUAUAUUGAAUUAGGUUUGUCCGUCCUUUUCUUAUUAUAUUGGUAAGAAAAAGAUGUAAAUCUAAAUUUUAAUUGCGCUUACAAUCGAUACCAUUGUAUUAAAUUCAAUUAACCGAUUGACCUAAAACUACGCAUUUGUAUAGGAACUUUAUGAACAAACUAUGAAUUGAAAAUGGCUUUAAGGAAGAUUUAGUGUGAUUUGUCUAUGGUAGGUAAUCCCAUAAAAGCCUUUAGGCGCUGAAAAAGUCUUAUCAUUAUUAAUAGUAUUGUGUUAGUAAUAAUAUAAGGUAACAGUUGAAACCAGUAAUGCUCCCCAAUCUUUUUUAUAAAGAAUUUUUUCCUUUUAACAUCAUAGGAGAUUUUUAACCAUUUGAUUUUAUUAUGCAUUUUUGAAAUAGACGUUUUUAUAAUUAUAAUGCGACGUUUAGCUAAUGAGCUGGUCUCAAUCAGUGUGUUGCAAAUGUAUUUUUUAUAUUAUUAUGAUUUUUGGUAAUACCGAAACAUAAAUAUUAUGUUAUGGAAUAAUUAACUGAUAAUUUUUAACUGGAUGUAUACAUCUUUAACAUAUUAUUAAAAGGCGCACUUUGCCGAUUCCAACAAAAGAUUACAAGUAACUAUGUCCCAAUAAAAUCUGUGAAAUGUCAAAGGUCUUAUCGAGUAUAAUAUUUAUAUACUCGUAUAUAUUUAUUUUUGUGUAUAGAUUAUGAACUGUGUGCUUAGUACAAGAUUCUACAUCUUACUAACGUUGAUAGAAUUCGAGCGUAGAAAAAGGUUAGCGUUAAAGUAAAACGGACUUAAAUGCCUUGUUUUAAAGCUCAAAUUUGUCCACACAUUUACAGCUAACGCUUAAGUGGAAAUGAGAAAAUAAAAUCGGUGGUACUGAAUUUUUGAAUCAGUUUUACUCUGAAGUGAUUGUUUCUACAUUCGGAUUAAUCGUUGCGUUAGUGAGAUGUAAAACUUUAUACUAAGCACACAGGUCAACUUUUUAACAUACUAUGUAAUCCAUAAAUAAUAUAGACGUAAGGCCGCGAUUAUACCUGUAAGUUUAACUUACGUAAGUAGCUUACGUAUUUAAUUGACAACUUUACUAUUGUAAAUGUACUUGAACUUUACAUUACUACAUUUGUCGUAAGAUACUCAUGUAAACUAUUUACGUGAGUAAAACUUACACGUGUAUCUGCGGCCUUAGUAUAGCAAUGAGUUUAUAGCUCGUUCACACAGGCUGCGUAAGCGAAGACGUAGCGCGUACCAUUGCGUUGUAAUUUAUGAAACAUGGCACACCGCUUGCGUAAAGCGUUUACGUAUACGUAACCCGGUGUGUUAGGGGUUUACGCGCGUCACUACGCACGUGUCACGUGUACGUGCUCGGUGUGAAUCGGCCUCUAUUGUUUGAAGACAACACGCGGUCAAAUCGCACCUACUGGUUUUAACAAUGGCGUUCAAGCUUUUAACAAGUAAAGGAAAUAUAAAUUCCCUACUCGAGAUUUUACAUUCCUGAUAAAUAUAUAUGAUGGUUUAUUUUAUUUCACAGCGUAAUUGGAUGACUCGUGUAAAAACCAUAUUGUGAUAGUACGAGUGUGUAUAUAGAAUGUUUCAAUGAUUUUGUGUCGUGAAAUAAUGGUCUCUUUUGCAAGUACCUUAUUGAAAUUGUUCAACAACAGGUUUAUUUUAAGUACUUCAAUUACUGGAAGUUGAUUGUGAUUGAAUUUAAUAAAUUCGCCAACUUAAA